AUGUCCGAGCCCAAGAACAAGCGUCAAAAGCGCGAGGACUACCGUGCCGCUCUCCGCGCCAAUGGAGUCACUGAGCUGCCGCGCAAGAAGUUCUACCGUCAGAGGGCUCAUGCCAACCCCUUCUCUGACCACUCCUUGAUCUAUCCCCCUACGCCAGAGCAGAUGGACUGGGCUUCUCUCUACCCUCACUAUGCAGUUGAAGAGCCUACUGAGCAAAAGACAGAGAGAACUGAGUCUGAAGAGACCUUGGGCCAAGAACUGUCGGCUCCUGCCAUCAGGAAGUUGACCAAGAAUGUUGAGGUAGCGGAUAUUGGCUGCGGUUUCGGUGGUCUACUCAUAGCUCUGGCUCCCGUACUUCCCGAGACUCUUGUUUUAGGCCUGGAGAUCCGUGUGUCGGUAACCCAAUUUGUGGAAGAUAGGAUCAAAGCUCUGCGCGUGCAGAACGAGGAGCAAAAGCUGUACCGCAACAUCGCCGUACUGCGCGCCAACACUAUGAAGUUCAUGCCCAACUUCUUCACCAAGGGCCAACUGAACAAGAUCUUCAUCUGCUUCCCGGACCCGCACUUCAAGGCGCGCAAGCACAAGCAGAGAAUCGUUUCCACGACGCUCAACUCAGAGUACGCAUAUGUGCUGCGCCCCGGCGGCAUCAUCUACACCAUCACCGACGUGCCUGACCUGCAUGAGUGGAUGGUUGGACACUUCAACACACAUCCGGCCUUUGAAAGGGUGUCGGAAGAGGAGCAGGAGGCUGAUCCGCUGGUUGAGAUUAUGCGCAAUGAGACGGAGGAGGGAAAGAAGGUGACGAGGCAUAACGGGCAGAAGCAUGUUGCUCUUUUCAGGAGGCUGGAGGAUCCUCAGUGGCCGGAGGAGGUUUCUGCUUGA